GCAUAUUUAAUUCAAAACAAUUUAAAUUUUUUAUUUCAGUAUUUUUUAACAAUCAAUUUUCGUGUUAUCGAUAACUUAAUUGAGCCUCUAGUUAAGUUGAUAAUUCAAAUCGAAUGGCAACGCCGUUCCAACUCUCUGACACGGCGUAUGAGUAACUUCGCGCUCAUUUACAGCAUCCUACUGCUGCCGCUGCUCCUGCUUUGUGCCAAAUUCGUUUAGCAGAAAAAUAUUCGUUUCAGUUCUUCGGUAACCAACAGCGAAUUCGGACGCAUUGCUGAAGGCAACGCAGCGAUUCAGUAAUUUAAAAUAAAAAAAUAGCAUCAAAGUGUGUUAGACAAAGGAGAAAAAGGCAAAAAAAAAGAGCAGGGCACAAAACCAUAAUUGUGUCAAUGUUCGCCGCGUGUUGCAAUCAAAGUGUUGUCGAAAAACGAUUUCUUUACUUUUUUCUCACUGCAGCUCCUUAAAUGUAAACAGUGCGAAAGGCUCUCCCUUCCAAGUAAAGUCGGUGCGACCACAGGCAUACAUAUAUUUACAUACAUACAUAUGUAUUUAGGACUACUUGUAAGUGGGCGUUCUUAUUGAAAUUGCAUUUAUAUUUUUUGCUUUGGCUUUUCCCUGUCAAGUGAUUGGUGGCUAACGGUGCGUGUUGUAAUUAAUUCGCUCGUUCCAGAUGCAUACGCAUAAUCAUAAAUACUAUGAAAAAGUUGCAAACCGUUAACUAUGCAAAUGGAUUUUCUUGUUGGCAUAAAUAAAUAAUAACAUACAUAUGCACAUACAUGCAUUGCGUGAACUUACUGAGCACGGGACGAUAGCUGUGUGAAAAGUGAAAAUUGUGAACUAAAAAGUUAGUACACAGAUUUAACUUGAAUUAAAAAAAAUAAAAUUAAAAAAAAACGCAACUUACAUAUAAAUCAAAAUUUUUAAGCUAGGCUGCUAAAUUCAGCAAUACACGCAUACGUUCUUAAUUGAAAAACAAAAAAUGCAAAUGUCACUUGCAGUUUCAGCACAUAAACGGAAAUUGACAUGCGAAUGACCGGCUGCUGAAAUUUAUGGAUGUACAUUAGUAGAACCAGCGUGCAAGCGACGACGAGUGUAGCAUACGCUACACGUUGACAAUUAGUGCUGUCAGUUUAAAUGACAUUUUACUGCAUGCAUACCAAUUGAUGUUGUUAAUUAAAAGCGACGAUAAGUAAACGUGACUAUAUAAUCCGGUAGUGAUGAGUAGGGAAAUUAAGUUGCGCAGGGUGAAGCAAAUGGAGCGCUAGAACGAAAGAGGUCAUGCAACGAAUUUGAAUUAAAAUUGCAUCAACAUAGUACGUCGCAUUUAAUUUUGUUGCCAUUUUGGAAUUCUGCUUCAACGCCCGAAAUUCAACGAAUACCGCCAAGUUGGAAGGAAAAAAACUCUUCACGGCUGUUAAUAACAUUUUAGCCGGUUCGAGCUUUGCCCGGGAACUCAGGCAACUAAUGACGAGAAACACUACAGUUGGUGUGGAUGACGCUACCAGUGCGGAACCGCAACAGCAGCAACAGCUUGAGACCACAGCUUAUGUCGAGCAGCAUACAGGCUACAGAGACGACGCAACAGGCGACAACACCGCAGCGGCGAUAGCAACAACAGCGCAAUCACAACACCAACUACGCCGAAACCCACAAUCAAGCAAUAUGGCUGCCACGGAAGCCGACUCGGAGUCUACAAAAACAGCAAAAACACCAACACGACAUCGCAGUCGACGUCUGACCGACUUGGUAUUGGAUCCUAGCUGUAAUCGAUUAGCAUGCGAGCAGUCGGUGGAGCAGCGCGAUGCACUGACGGCAGAGGAUUAUGACGAUGCGGUAGUUGCUGAUGAAGAUGAAGAUGACGACUUCGAAGAUGGCGUGGAUGGCGAGAAUGAUUAUUACGAUGAAUCGCCGGUGCAGCGUAGCGCUAGAUUUCUGCAACCACGCAAACAGCAACAAAGAAAAAGUGAACUGCAAGAAGAGGCAGCGAACACAGCGAAAUGUGGCGGAAAGCGACCAAAGCGGCGUAUUAAGACGACUCGNGAAUAUACUCUGUACUUAAAAACGCAAACGCAAUAUAUUAAGGCAAAGACUAAAUUUUAA